AUCGUUGUUGGUUACCAAAAUGCAGCCGUUCCAAGUUUUAAAUUUACUCAUCUUGAUUUUGCUAACAACAUUAGUAGAAGCUCAUCUCGAGGCUUAUUACGGCAAGCCACAAUGUCCUGUCAUCUGUGGGGAUGUCCGGAUUACAUACCCUUUCGGGUUUGGAAGAAAUUGUUCUGCCAACGAAUGGUACACACUUGAUUGUAAUUCCUCCCCACCAUAUCUAUCUUCAUUCAACAACAAACCGUAUCUAUCUGCAUUCAACAACGCCGAGGUGCUGUAUAUGGAUGUGAGCACAAUCACUGUUAAUAUGUCUAUGAUUAGUGCUGAUUGCAAAAAUCCAGUCCAAGAUAUCAAUCAUGUCCUAAUCACCAGCCAUGGCAAAAGUCCCUUCCGAUUUUCCGGAUCGCGUAACAGAUUCGUUGUUAAGGGCUGUGGCAGUGCUUCCAUCAUGGAGAAUGGGAGUAUUGUCACCGGUUGUUCAACGACUUGUGGCAAGGACACUGUUAGUGACUUAAACGACUGCUUUGGUGUCGGUUGUUGUCAAACUACAAUUCCUCAUGGUCUCUCAUCAUUUACCUUCAAUCUAACAGGCUUAGAAAGUCAGGCUCGAGAUGGAGCUUGUGGGUCUGCUAUCUUGGUAGAUACAAAUUACGCAGGAAGUUUUUCUAGCAAAUCUUUUGCUGAAGACCACUUUGUUCCGAUAUCACUUUCGUGGAACGAAACAUUCCAUGAAAAUUCAACAAGAUGCAACGAGAUGUGUGGGAAUGUAUCUAUUCCCUCCCCAUUCGGCAUUGAAAGAGAUUGUUCAGAUGGUAACUGGUUCAAUGUCGAUUGCAAUUCCUUGACACCAUACUUAUCUGCGUUCGACAACAUGGAGGUCUUGAGUGUAAGUUUGGAAAAAAAUACAAUCACUGUUAAUGUCCCUAUGAUUUCUGAUUGCAAGAAUUCAAUCCAAACUAACAGCCUUUUCCUAACGGGAAGUCCGUUCGGAUUUUCUGGAUCGGAUAACAUGUUUGUGGUUGAGGGGUGUGGUAGUGCUGCUAUUAUGGUGGAAAAUGGUACUAUUGUCGGUGGUUGUUCAACAACUUGUAGCAAUGACACAAACAGUGAAAGCUACAAAAACGGCUGCUUUGGAAAGGGUUGUUGCCAAACUACUAUUCCAUAUGAUCUCGAGUCAUUUACUUUGAAUCUAACAGGAUUGGAAAGACAUGAUGGAAAUGGAAGCUGUGGGUCUGCGUUCUUGGUGGAUAAGAUUUCAUUCAAUCAAGGAAGAUUUUCUCGACAAGUGGUUCCGAUAACACUGAGUUGGACGUAUAACACCAGCACCAGUUAUUUUAGACCAGAAGUUUCAACAGAAUGCAUAAGCUGUGAACAAGAUGGUGGGAUUUGUUUCCCUGACCGUUACACGACGUCAGGCAUGAGUUGUCACUUUCGUGGAAGCAGCAAUAAGUCACUCGGCGUUAUUCUAGGUGCUAGCCUAACCAUGGGUUUACUUAUUCUAAUGGUGAUUAGUUAUGCACUAUACAACAUAAUCAAGAAAAUUAGCGCCAAAAGAAGGAAACAAAGAAUUCUUGGUCGAGGAGGUCAAGGUACAGUAUAUAAAGGCAUGUUAGCGAACGGACGGAUUGUAGCUAUUAAGAAAUCGAAGGUUGUCGAUGAAAGCCAAUUAGAACAAUUCAUCAAUGAGGUGGUCAUUCUUUCCCAAGUCAAUCAUAGGAAUGUCGUCAAAUUACUAGGAUGUUGCCUCGAAACUGAGGUCCCAUUGCUUGUCUCCGAGUUUAUCUCAAACGGUACCUUGUAUGACUUUCUUCAAGAUGAAACCGGUGAAUUUCCAAUCUCUUUAAACAUGAGAUUGCAAAUCGCUACAGAGGUUGCAGGAGCACUUUCUUACUUACAUUCGGCUACCUCUAUUCCAAUAUACCAUAGAGAUAUUAAGACAACUAAUAUACUUUUGGAUGAAAAGUAUAGAGCCAAAGUUUCUGACUUUGGAACUUCAAGGUUCGUGUCAAUAGAUCAAACUCACUUAACAACGUUAGUGAAAGGUACAUUUGGUUACUUGGAUCCAGAGUACUUCCAAUCAAGCCAGUUUACUGAAAAAAGUGAUGUCUAUAGUUUUGGAGUUGUCUUGCUUGAACUCAUGACAAGAGAAAAGCCAAUUUCAUUAACUAGAUUUGGUGAAAAUAGAAGUUUGGCUACAUACUUUAUGGUAUCCAUGGAAGAAGGACGUGUCAUGUCUAUUUUUGAUGCAAUAGUUGUUAAGGAGGGUUCUACGAAUGAGUUGUUGGCCAUAGCUAAUUUGGCAAUGCGAUGCUUGAAUUUAAAUGGGAAAACCAGACCAACAAUGAAAGAAGUUGCGACCGAGUUAGAAGGUGUGAGAUUGUCACAUGUUCCCACCACAAUUUAA